CUCUCUCCUAACGUAUUAGAUACAGACGCGCACACACACACACACAGAGACAGACAAACCCCAGAUCCCUUAUUCUCUGUUUGCUUAAACAAACGCCAUAUCUGACUUUGUUAAUUUUUAUAUAUUUCUCUAAUACAACGUAGAAGAAGAUACCCAUCAUCACAUUCUCUCUCUUCCUCUCAGUCCCCCAACGGUUCUUGAUUGAAAGCUAAGUCUUUUCUCUCUCUGAUACAUACAAAGUGUGAAUGCCAAGACAAGAGCAACAACAACACCACAAAUAAUACUCAGAAGCACUUUCCUUAGCGACCCAGCAAAACCCAUAUUCCUCUGGUUCCUCAAUAUACACUCUGUUGCAGACCAUCAUCGUCUUGACCCUUAUUUAUAUUGCAUUCAUUUGGGCAUUUGGUGAUCUGGGUAUAUAAGCUGAGACAAUGUGGGUUGUAUUGGAGUGUUUUUAGGUGUUCUUGUGAGGGGUAUUUUCGGAUCUUGAUACUCAAUGGCGUUGUUCAGAAAGUUCUUCUAUAGGAAGCCGCCAGAUGGGCUUUUGGAGAUCUCUGAAAGGGUUUAUGUUUUUGAUUGCUGUUUUACCACGGACGUUUUGGAAGAAGAUGAAUAUAAAGUUUACAUAGGAGGCAUAGCGAGUCAACUCCGUGAACAGUUUCCCGAAGCUUCAUUCAUGGUCUUUAACUUUCGAGACGGAGAAAAUCAAAGCCUGAUUUGUAACAUAUUGUCUGAGUAUGACAUGACAGUAAUGGACUAUCCUCGACACUAUGAAGGUUGCCCACUUCUCACAAUGGAGGCGAUACACCACUUCCUGAGAUCAAGUGAAAGCUGGCUUUCACUCGGGCAACAAAAUGUGCUCCUAAUGCAUUGUGAACGAGGUGGGUGGUUGGUUUUGGCCUUUAUGCUGGCUGCACUCUUGAUUUACAGGAAGCAGUACACUGGGGAGCACAAGACAUUGGACAUCAUUUACAAGCAAGCACCUCGGGAACUUUUGCAGUUAAUGUCACCACUGAAUCCGAUGCCUUCACAACUGAGGUAUCUUCAGUAUAUAACAAGAAGAAAUGUGGGAUCGGAAUGGCCUCCACUGGAUAGGGCACUUACAUUGGACUGCAUUAUCAUAAGAUUCAUUCCUAAUAUGGAUGGAGAGGGAGGUUGCCGCCCAAUAUUUAGAAUAUAUGGACAGGAUCCUUUUAUGGCUGCUGAUCGGACUCCUAAAGUUUUGUUCUCAACUCCAAAAAGGAGCAAACUUGUACGGCAUUACAAGCAGGCAGAUUGUGAACUAGUUAAAAUUGAUAUACAUUGCCAUAUCCAAGGUGAUGUGGUUCUCGAGUGUAUUAGUUUGGAUAAUGAUCUGGAACGUGAAGAGAUGAUGUUUCGCAUCAUGUUCAAUACGGCCUUUAUAAGGUCCAAUAUUUUGAUGCUUAAUCGUGAGGAUAUAGACAUCUUAUGGAAUGUUAAGGAUCAAUUUCCCAAGGAUUUCAGAGCAGAGGUUCUUUUCUCGGAGAUGGAUGCUGCUACUUCUCUUAUAUCAAUUGAUUUACCUGGUAUGGAGGAGAAAGAUGGUCUUCCUGUGGAAGCAUUUGCAAAAGUUCAGGAGAUUUUUAGCAAUGUGGAUUGGCUAGAUCCAAAGACAGAUGUAACACUUAAUGUCCUCCAGCGGAUUGCCUCAUCAGGUGCUCUUCAGAAUCUGGAUAGUGCUUCUGUCCAUAACACAGAAACAGGCAGCUUGUUGCUGGAAUCAACUUCUGCAAAUCUUAAAUCAGAAGUGAAGGCAUCAGAAAACAAUAUCAAGGGUCCCACAUCCGUGGCUCAGGGGAAACAGGACAGUGCUUCUGCUUAUACUGCAGAGACAGGCAACUUGUUGCUAGAAUCACUUCCUGCAAAACUUAUAUCAGAACCAAAGGCAGCAGAAAAUAGUAUCAAGAGUCCCCAAUAUAGGCCUCAUGGGAAGCAAUCUUUGUCCAGCUUCGAACCAUCCCUAAAUGCUAAUUUGAUUAGAACAAAGAUUGAACCCCAGGAACUGCAAGUUGCUCUCCUACGGCCUGCCCAAUCUAAAAUCAUAUCUCAGCGAGCACCUCAAGCCUCCCGGUCUGCACCAGUUUCAUAUUGUAAUUCCUUGCAAGGAUCGCCUGUGCCAAUAUCAAGAUAUCACAGUGCACCCUCAGCCCUUGGCAUUACAGCUCUGUUGCAGGAUCACGCUGCAUCUAACAGUGUAGAAGAAAUCACACAUCCUGUGACCAUAUCUCCACCUUCCCAUGCCUCAUCAGCUCCUGAUUUAACUGUACCUAAAUCUGUGCAGCCUGGUAAGCUGUCUAUUCCUGCACCACCACCACUGUCAGCAUCACCUUCUUCAUUGCAAUCUUCUGGGCAUGCAACUGUAGAAAAGAUUUCCGCUGCUACUGCACCUUCUUCUCUGCCACCAGCACUUCCCCAACAAACUUCAAAUUCCUCCCUGUCUUUGCUUACCCAACACACUGAAACUACAUUACAGGGUAGAGGUCAGUCAGCAUUCGUUCCUCCUUCCCCCCUUCCACCUCCACCUCCUAAUCUAUCAGUGACAUCUUCACCCUUUGACAUCGAGGGCUCAGUUUUAGUCGCCCCUCACCCUCAAUGCACUUCUUUUUCAGGGGGAUCUCCAUCUUCCUCGGUCAAGAACUCUGUUUCAAUUCCCCCUCCUCCACCCCCUCCUUUUUCAGGGUCACCUCCGCUCCCUUCCUUCUUGGAGGCUUCUUCAUCAUCCUCUCUCAAGAACUCAAUUUCAGCUCCCCUUGCUCCUCCCCCUCCCACUUCCUUUCCAGGGGAAUCAUCUUCUCUCAAUAACGCUAUCUCAGGCCCCCUUCCCCCUUCCUUCCAGGGAACAUCAUCCUCUUUCGAGAGCUCAGUUUCAGCCCCCCCUCCCCCUCCACCACCUCCUUUUUCAGGAUCAUCAUCCACAGUCAUGACCUCCUCCAUUGCCGCUCCCCCUCCCCCUCCCCCUCCCCCUCCACCCCCCGGUUCUGCUACUUUAGCUGCUUGUCCUACUUCUUCAGCAGUCAUGUCUGGCCCCCCUCCACCUCCUCCACUUCCUCAAUGUUCAGGGCCUGCCUCAACUUCUACUCUAACAUCUUCAGCACCGCCACCGCCCCCUCCUCCAGCUUUUGCACCAAAGGAAUCUUUGUCCCAGAAUUCUGCACCUGUGCCACCCGUACCACCUCCUCCUCUUCCCAAUGGGGUAUCAAUAUCUGGUGGUUACCCCACAGCACCUCAUUCCAGGGCUAGUAAUGGUAAUAUUCCUUCGAUUCCUGGACCACCUUCUGGUGUUCCCUUUAGUCUAAAGGGACGGGGCCUCACACGUCCAGGUUCCAGAAAUCAGGCUCAACCUAAAAAGGCCAAUCUGAAGCCAUAUCAUUGGCUAAAAUUAACAAGAGCGAUGCAAGGAAGCUUAUGGGCUGAAGCACAAAAAGCUGAUGAAGCAACCAAGCCUCCAGAGUUUGACAUGUCUGAACUCGAGAGUCUUUUUUCUGCGGUUACUCCAAAUUCAGACCAUGGAAAUACAGGAGGAAAAUCUAGUCGUCGCACCACAGGACCUAAAUCUGAAAAAGUUCAGCUGAUUGAGCUAAGGCGGGCAUAUAAUUGUGAAAUAAUGCUUUCUAAAGUUAAAAUCCCUUUGCCUGAUGUGAUGAGUUCAGUGCUUGCCUUGGAUGAUUCAGCAUUAGAUAUUGAUCAGGUUGAGAACCUCAUAAAAUUUUGUCCAACAAAGGAAGAGAUGGAAUUACUCAAGGGUUACAGUGGAGAUAAGGAAAACUUGGGAAGAUGUGAACAGUUUUUUCUUGAAUUAAUGAAAGUUCCUCGGGUAGAGCCGAAGCUCAGAGUUUUCUCAUUUAAAAUACAAUUCCAUUCCCAGGUUUCCGACCUUAGAAAGAAUUUGAACACCGUCAAUUCAGUAGCUGAUCAGAUCAGAAGUUCGGAAAAGCUGAAAAGGAUCAUGCAAACAAUUCUUUCUCUGGGUAAUGCCUUGAACCAUGGGACUGCAAGAGGUUCUGCUAUUGGAUUUCGAUUGGAUAGUCUCCUUAAGCUCACUGACACACGAGCCCGGAAUAACAAGAUGACUCUUAUGCAUUACCUUUGUAAGGUGCUUGCGGAGAAGCUGCCAGAACUUCUUGAUUUUCCAAAAGACCUUACAAGUUUGGAGGCUUCAACGAAGAUACAAUUGAAAUAUUUGGCAGAGGAAAUGCAAGCCAUCAGUAAAGGGCUAGAGAAGGUUGUACAAGAGUUGACUGCCUCGGAAAAUGAUGGUCCUGUGUCAGAAACUUUUUGCAAGACACUAAAGGAGUUCCUUAGUCAUGCCGAAGCUGAAGUGAGGUCUUUGGCUUCACUUUAUUCUAAUGUGGGGAGAAAUGCAGAUGCAUUGGCUCUUUAUUUUGGGGAAGAUCCUGCUCGCUGCCCAUUUGAACAAGUUGUAUCUACUCUGCUCAACUUUGUGAGGAUGUUUGCCCGAGCACACGAGGAAAACUGUAAGCAGCUUGAAUUUGAAAAGAAGAAAGCACAGAAGGAGGCACAAAACGAGAAAAUGAAAGCGGGAACUGUUCCCAAAAAGGAGCUCUUGAUACAGACCCCCAUUAAGAGUGGCAACAUUAAAUCAUAAAGAACUAUUUCACCAUAUUUUUUUCCAGCAACCAAAGCCGUUCUCCAAUGGAUGUAAUUUUUUUUUUCACUCCAUGGAUGAAAAUCCCUUCAAAGGAUUGAGAGCACAAAAACAACUGGAACCACCAAUUCUGAUGAUCUGGAGAAGAAUGUUUUCCUCAUGAUUUAAAGUAAUGCUGGUGGUUUGCAGAAGGGGAGAGGUCCACCUUAAUUAAGAUGCUGGAAUUUUAUGGAGUUCCCCCGUUCGAUGAGCCGGUUGUAAGAUACAACUGAGGAAUUUUGUUGUAAAAAUACAUGCAAUAUAGUCAGCAUAGUUGCCCUUUAUCUAUUACUAAUUUUAGUUAUAUUUUUUUUCAUAUGUAUAUUUUUUUUAGUUAUAGGGAUGUAAAUCUUUGAUUUAAGAUAGUAGUAAAGUGCAAUAUAUUAUAUUCAA